AUGAAGAUGCUCCACUCCCUGCUCCGUGAUGCUUCCCCAAGUUCGGUGUUUCUUGAGGAAGGGGAUCAGAUGGGCAGUGAGAAUGUGGAGUUUAGAAGUGACUGUAGCGUUGGGCUGAGCCAAUUUCAAGUUGGUAACGAAAUUGUCCAACACACGUUCCAGCUCCUCAAUCUCUUCAUCACUUUUGACCUUGUUGUUUGCGCAACUCAUCAGCUUACUCAAACUGAGCAUCACAAUCUUCAUUGGUUGGAUGUUGAUGGAAGCAUCCGGUGGAAAAAUGUCGAGAAGCUUUUGAAUAUUUUCCUCGCGAAGAACUGCUACUGCAACAAGCAUGGUCUCAUUUUGGCGAAUCUGCUCCAAAAGGGUAUCUCGGAGGAUGAGGAGAAUGUCUCGGCGUGCAGAAAAAGAGGGAGAGGCGUUCUUUUGGCACUCUAUGCAUUGCUCGUCAUAUUGAUAGUCAUCGAAGUGAAAACGUACGAACAAGCACAAUGGAUGGUUCUCUGA